AUGAUUGGCCUCACGGCUGUGCUUGUUGUCCUGGAAACAUUCUGUGAGCUGCAGAAGCUCAAGGAAUUUAAAAGGAUCUUCUACUUGAAGAAAGACAAGCUGGAGGACGAACAGAACAUUCUAGACCACGAUCAGCUCUCGUUUCCCUCGGUUACGGACUCUGUGCCUAUUACCAGGGAACAGCAGAAACUCAACGAGGCCUUUUCUCCAGGCCCAGUGGCCAGCUAUCAGUUUACAGAGGAGCCUGUGAACCGGUAUGCAAGUGCUUAUUGGAAUUCGUUUCACACAGUGCUCAGCAAGUACGUGCAUGAAGAACAACUGCAGUUACUUCUAAUGGAAGAAAAUAUUCUGAAUGGUCACCAUGCUUUGCUUAAUCCAGGAGAGGAAAGUGAACAGGACAUAUUUGGUUAUAAGUCCAGUCGAUGCCGCAGUGUACUGUUUGUCAUAGGAUCCAUCCUAACCUGUGGAUUUCUGCUGCUUCUGUUUUACUGGAGGCCCGAGUGGGAUGUCUGGUCCAAGUGUAUUCAGUGCACCUUGCAGGAAGCUGAUAUUGUCCUGCUUAGAACAACAGAUGAAUUUAAAAUCUGGACUAAGAAGAAAGUAAUGUGGGUUCAGCUGUCUUUUCCUAGUAGCACAGCAAGGGCUGAUCAACAACAUUCACUUUUCUCUGAUGAGACAUCAUUGCUGCACAGGAUUGUCAUUAAACCUGAUUUAAAAGUGCGUUUUAUUGAAAUUCAAAAGAUCAGAUACAUCUGGGACCUUUAUGAAAAGCAAUUUAUUAGAGCUGAAGUACUGGAAGACAGAUGUUCCUGUGCUGAUACUCGUUAUAAAUUUGGAUCUGGAUUGACAACCACAGAAGAAGCUACCAGGAGAUUAAUAUUUGGACCCAAUGUCAUUGACAUCCGAAUUUCUCCCAUUUGGAAGCUACUUUGUAAAGAGGUUUUAAAUCCAUUUUAUAUAUUUCAAAUAUUCAGUGUGUGUUUGUGGCUUUCUGAGGAUUAUACUGAAUAUUCAGUUGCACUCAUAAUUAUGUCAUUCAUUUCCAUUGCCUUUUCUGUCUAUGAUGUGCGUCAGCAAUCGAUAAAGUUGUACAGACUUGUAGAAUCUCACAAUAACAUGAUGGUCACCAUCUGCAGAAAAGGUGGAGGAUACGAGAAAGUGCCAUCAAGUGAACUGGUGCCUGGUGAUGUAUUUAUAGUUACAGGAAAUAAACAAGUAUUGUCCUGUGAUGCCAUACUGAUCCAUGGGGGCUGCAUUGUCAAUGAGAGCAUGCUUACAGGCGAAAGUAUUCCCGUAACAAAGACACCUUUGCCAAGCACAGUUAACUGUAGCAGUUGGAAGAGCUCAACCGAAGAUUACAAGCGUCACAUUCUGUUCUGUGGGACUCAAGUCAUUCAAUCAAAGGCAACUAGCGAGGGUGAAGUGAGAGCUGUUGUCUAUCGAACAGGUUUUACUACUACCAAGGGAGAGUUAGUGAGAUCAAUUCUGUACCCAAAACCAAUUGACUUCAAAUUGUACCAAGAUGCCUUUCGAUUCCUGUUGUGCCUGGCAGCUAUUGCAACAAUUGGAAUGAUAUAUUCAGUUUGUAUCCUUGUGUUAAAUGGGAUUCCACCAGGAAAAGUGGUGAGGAAAGCACUUGAUGUGAUAACUAUUGCUGUAUCACCUACCCUACCAGCUUCUGUGACCAUAGGUAUAAUAUAUGCUCAAGAAAGACUGAAAAAGAAAGGAAUCUAUUGUAUUAACCCACAGAGGAUCAAUAUGUGUGGACAGUUGAAUCUUAUCUGCUUUGAUAAGACUGGAACUCUGACUGAGGAUGGACUGGAUUUAUGGGGCUUGGUAUCAACUAAAGGGAAGGGUUUACAGAAUAUAUUCAAGUUUAACAAUGGAGAUACGUUACCAUGGGGGCCACUAUUUGGUGCUAUGGUCAGUUGUCACUCACUCAUCCUCUUAGACAACACUCUUCAAGGUGACCCUCUGGAUUUGAAAAUGUUUGAGAUCACUCGUUGGGAGUUGAAAGAAAAUACAAUGUUAAAGCUGCAAAAUGAGGAAACACAUUCAUUCAUUGUCAAACCUGGGCCUAAAGCUAAUAAGGUAUCAAAGGAAGGUGUCAUUGUUCUGAAACAGUAUCCAUUCUCACCAACAUUGCAGAGGAUGUCCGUUAUAACUCAAGUGAUUGGAAAAGAAAAACUGACUGUUUACCUCAAGGGAGCACCUGAGAUGGUUACUCAACUUUGUAAACCUGAAACAGUUCCACGAACCUUUUCAACUGAACUGCAGCGUUACACAAAGCAAGGUUUUCGAGUUAUUGGAUUUGCAUUUAAGUCUCUUUGGAAUGGCAGAGAUAUCAAUGUCGCCAAUUUAACAAGGGAAGAUGUGGAAUCUGAUCUCGUAUUUCUUGGAUUAAUGAUUCUAGAGAACAAACUGAAACCACAGACAAUCCCUGUACUUUCUGAAUUGUCCAAAGCCAGGAUUCGAACAGUUAUGAUCACAGGUGAUAACUUGCAGACAGCUGUGACCAUAGCGAGAAAUGCUGGAAUGAUUCCCUUAACUCACAAAAUCAUUUUAAUUGAAGCCUCAAAAGUCAAGGAAUCUGGUCCAGCGGUCAUCACCUGGAAGAUAAUGGAAAAUGGCAAGAACACUGAUGAAACUAACAUUCCUAUCAAUGGGUUUGUAAAGAAGAAAGACUUCCAUUUUGUUAUGACUGGAAAAUCUUAUAACAUUUUAGUGCAGCACUUCAACCAUUUGUUACCUAAGUUGCUUAUAAGUGCUACAGUUUUUGCCAGAAUGUCACCAUCCCAGAAGGGAAGCCUCAUAGAGGAGUUUCAAAAAAUGGAUUAUUUUGUGGGAAUGUGUGGAGAUGGUGCAAAUGACUGUGGGGCUUUAAAGAUUGCUCAUGCAGGGAUCUCAUUAUCUGAACAAGAAGCCUCAGUCGCUUCACCAUUUACCUCAAAAAUUCCAAAUAUUGACUGCGUUCCACAACUUAUCAAGGAGGGAAGGGCUGCAGUGGUGUCUUCAUUUUGCAUAUUUAAGUAUAUGGCUCUCUACAGCAUGAUCCAGUAUAUUGGGGUUUUGUGUCUGUACUGGCAAGCAAAUACAUUUGGAAAUUAUCAAUUUUUAUUCGAGGAUCUAGCUAUUGCAACAGUAAUUGGUAUCACAAUGAGCUUUAAUCAUGCCUAUCCACAGUUGGAUCCAAAUCAACCCCCUGGUCAGCUUAUCUCUCCACCUUUGCUGCUGUCGGUUAUUCUUAAUGUUAUUCUAAGCCUGGUUUUACACGUGUUUGGAUUCAUAAUGGUUCAGCAACAACCUUGGUACACACCCACAGAUAUAUACAGAGCUUGUAACCCCACAAAUCUAACCAGUGACGGCAAAACCACAUCUAACAAGACAACAGACACUAUUGCCAGCGCUCUGAGAAAUGAAGACAGCUACAAAAGUUAUGAGAAUACCACUGUGUACCUUUUAUCUCUUUUCAACUGUAUAUCAACAGCGAUUGUAUUCAGUAAAGGAAAGCCCUAUCGCAAACCAAUCUAUACUAACUAUAUUUUUAUGAUUGUCCUUUUGGCUCAGUUUGGAACAUGUCUGUAUUUCCUUUUUGGCAAACAUGAAACUUUAUACAAUGCUCUAGAUCUUGUUUGCACCCCGAGAAGCUGGAGAGUUUACCUUCUAGUUAUGGUUCUUGUUCAUUUUACUGUCAUAAUGGCCAUUGAGGAAAUUCUAAUAGAAAAUAGAUGCCUCAAGGUGUUCCUAACAAAGUGUUGCAAAGUAAAAUCUACACAGCGUUACAAGAAGAUGCAAAGAAUAAUAACGAAAGAACCAAACUGGCCUCCUGAAGAUGAUACAGAUUAUACAACAUCUUGUACCAUGGAUGAAGCGGCUCUGGAAGCUUAUUCUAACAUGAACUAUGAACAUGACAAAGACUCUAAAACAGCCUCAAAUGGGUUUGCAAAUACUACUUCAAAGUAAAUUGAGGAGGGAAGCUGUAAAAAAGAUAACAUUUAAAAUGGUUAUUGACACCACUGCAGAAACUUUUAGUUUAAAACUGUAAUACCAUUCCACCAGGAAACACUUCCAACUGGCUAAUGGUUUUUGGUAAACAUUUUUAAUAAUGAAGUACAAUAAUCAAUAUGGGAUUAAUGUAAAUGAUUUUCAAAGCAAUUAACCUAAUUUACAUGUAUACAAUCGGAAAAUCACCUAAGAACUUUGGACAUUGCUCAUUUACCCUAUGAUACGGUACUCUUUGUUUACUGCUAUUACUCUUAUGUCCUUAUUAGAGUGAAAAUGCACCUUCAACUUUAUUUACAAACUAGGCAAUUAAAAGUACCAGUAUGCCUGAGCUUCUUGAAAGAAUUAUUAUGUGCUUACAGCUCUCUAUUGUUUUUCUGAAACAAGGUUUAAAUCUGUCUGGAAGUUGAAGGAACUUUUGCAGAUUGGAUGGGAGGGCUGAAUAAGUCAAGUUUUACUCCCUACUGCAAUACUGUCCUACACCAUUAAUAAUCAAUAAGCAAAUAAUCUACAUAAUUCAUUUUCAUUGCUUAAUCAUUUCUGUAACUUGUUAUGUCAAACCAUACAUGUGGGAGCACCCUCAUCUAACAUUCAGCAGAGUUUUUACUGAUUGUAAUAAAGAAAGCAGCAGUCCAAUCUUCCUCUCAAUUUAUAACUGCUUGCCUUUCACGGAAAGUUUUGAAAAUCUCACCAUUAUGUACUUGCUUGUGCAGCUUUUCAUACAAAAAUGAUUGGAUAUGUUUCAAUGAGAAAGCAAAAUAAUCAAUUACAUUCAGUUGACAUAAAAACAUAAACAGGGAUUUUGGUAUCUGUACUUUGGAAUGUCUUGAAAAAGGUUAUGUAGAUGUUUGAAUUUGAUUGUUUGAUCUGGAAUCUCAUUGGAAAUUCAUUCUUGCAACAUAUCCCACUUGCAUUGAGAUUUUCCCAGAUUCCUGUUCAUAAUAAUGAAUACAGAACUGAAUUAAGAAUUCUUGGAAUUUUGGACCCUCCAUGUCCUAUAUACAACCACAUCUCUGCAUCAGUUAUAUUCCUCCUUCAAGCAAAUUGUUCCUUUAAUGUCCUGGAUCUUCAUUCUAUGGUGAGCAAUUUUAAUACACGCUCAAAUAAUUAAAUAUUGAAUGAAAUGCUUGCUCCAUUAAUAAUGACAGAAAGCAAGAGAAUUAUUGUAAAAGCCCAUUAACUUCAUGAAUAUUUCUUUAGGGAAGAUAAUCUGACAUUUUACCUGAUCUGGCCUAUAGGUCACUCCAGACCCAUAGUAAUAUGGUCAGCUCUGAAACUGUCCCCUGAAGUAGUCACUCAGUUUACCCACAUUAUAUGGACUGUAGCAGUUCAAAUAUUGCUACCCAAUUACUAUCAAAUGGGAGUUAGGGACGACCAGAAAAUGCUGGCCUUGGUAUGAUGGUCAUACUACAAGUAGUUUUUUUUUAAAUGUUAAAUUAUUAUUCCCCAUGUUUCUAAGUUUCUGCAUUGUUGAAUGGUUGAUAAUUUGUAAACUGAGACUACAGCUGUCAGUAUUUAUGUUGUAACAAAUCUGCUGGGUUUAUCUUGCUCCCUUUUGCCAGUAACUUUAAAUUCUGAAAUAUUUUGAUCCGGUGUUUGUUUGCAGGUCGUCUGCCCAGUGGGGAUUUUUACUGGUGGCCCCAGAUUUCCACAUGGUUCCUUGACAUGGCCCCUGUAGUCCCCUUUGUUUACUAUUUUAAUAAUUAAUCCUUUGGAAUAUAUGAGUGUAGUUUUUCUGGGCAAAGUGUACAAAUCAGAGUUAUCUUGAAAUGAAAGUAGUCAUUUUAAAGAAUA